CUUCGUGUCUCCUGUAUGCGUCACCGCUAUGACUUUUACAAACCCGUCAUGUCCUCCGUCUUCCCUGAGGUUGAUGGUCAGUUGAGCAUCAACUGUUACAAGGAGGCCCUGCUCUCCUGCUAUGCCCAGUAUAGUUCCAAGGUAGAAAAGGCAACCGGUACAUUCUUGCGCUAG